AUGCUGGUCUCCUCCGUCCUCGCUUUCGCUGCUCUGGCCUCCGCCACCCCGUUCGGCGUCGUCACCGAGCGUGACAUCUUCCCCGCCUAUCCCCUCACCCAGAUCCUCCCUGUCCCGGGUUACAACUCCACCACCGACGGCUUCAACCGUCUCGGAAACCUGUACACCAACAGUGCCGCCCAGCUCACAGCCCAGGCCAACGAAAUCGCGCAGAAAACAAUCGCACUCAACGGCUCCGGCGGCGUGACGUACAACUACGACGUCAAAGCCAGCCUGGCCUCGUCGCUGACCAUUCUCAACAACCUGCUCUGGCAGACGGCCUACCAGACGGAGCAGAGGGUGUGUGCGAUUGUGACGUCGAUCAACCAGCAGAACGUCGAUACCGUGAAUGGCAAUCUGCGCGCUGGAAUCGCGGCAGAGGUUCAGGCUAUCAUUCGAAUCACCGUAACGCUCACCACCACCAUCGCUACCAUCAAAGCCCAACUCGCCGCCUUCUCCGAAGCCGAGCGCGUCGUCGUCGCUACCCUCAUCCAAGCCAUCGCCACCGCUGCAUCCGCCAGCCUGGGUCCCGCAGCGCAGCUCAGCGGCGGGCUGUCGGCUGCGGGCCUCACGGGCCUGGCUGACGUCGUGGGGGGUCUGCAGGUUGCGAUUACCUCGCUGCAGGCUCUUGCUACCAUUAACUGGUCGUUCUAA